AUGUUUUCGAAUAUUUUGGGUGUUGAUACGCAAGUACCAAAUGAAGGAAGUAGUUUAAAAAACAUUUAUCAAAAACUUCAAAGUUUAUUGGGUCACGGAGUUGUUGGAAACACGGAAAUAGAAGACAAUAUGUUGUCUGCAAGAGGAACUACGGCUGCAUCUGAUGACAGUUUUACAACACCAUCAUCGGCUGUAUCAUCAGUGUCCGAUCUCAUGGCAAUGUCACCUAAAAAAUCAAACGAACAUUCUGAUGUGACUGGUGACUUGUUAACUGGCACAGAUUUUGAUAGUAUAUGUGACGUGACUAUGCAGGAGAUCCCGACAUCCCAAGAUGUAUUUAUAGAUGCAACAAGUUUAGAUUAUCUCGCGGAAUGUGCUAAAUCAAAUCGUAAUCAUACGUUUGUUGAUCGGGGAAAGGAAAGUCUUUUUGUAAAAUUUGACCCAUUAUAUGCCAAACAAAAAUUAAUAAUCUCAGGCUCAAAUUGCACAGACUCUUCUGAGAACUCAGAAUGUGAUGUUGGAUAUGAGACAGGUAGUGCUACAUCAACUACAGAGCAUCAUGUUACCAGUCCUAAGCAUUCAUUAUCAGUGGGAGCAAUCAUAACUAAGGAGAAGCCAAUGCAAGUUGUGCCCCCAGUAGUUAGCUCUGAAUUUCCUAGAACAAGUGCUACAAAUAUGCGAACUACUCCAGCAUUGAUACGCAGUGUCUCUGCUAUCUUAGCACCCACUAGGGUUGCAACUGAGAGAUUGAUAAGCAUCUCUGGUAACACCACUCCAACAGCUGCCCCACGUAGUCCUCGUUACACUAAUUACAGCCACCAGGAAGUGGAUAGGCUGCAGUCUCUCAGAGUCAUUUUACAAAAGCAAGAUCAAGAAGUUUUGCAAUUGAGGCAAGAAAAUAGAGAGUUGAGAUCUUCAUUGCAAGAUAUGGAACAUAAAUAUUCUCGAACAAUAGAAGAACUCGAAUCAAAAGUCAAAAAAUUAACAAAUGAGAAAGAUAUUUUAGCAGACCGAGAAAAUAGUUUAUUGAAGCAGGUCAGUGAUAAAACCCUAAAUAAUAAACAGAUGAGUAUUGUCAUGGAAGAAUAUGAAAAAACCAUAUCAUCAUUAAUUGGAGAACAACAGCGUGAGAGAAUCCAAGCUCAAGAAACAACUGAAAGACUUAUUUUAGAGAGAGAUCAGGCCCUCAAUCAUCUAUCAAGCAUGGAAAGUUCCUUUAAUGAUUUACUAGCUAAAUAUGAAAAAUGUAAGAGUGUUAUUAUGGAAACAAAAGACAGAGAAAAAAUAUUUGAGGAAAAACUUUUAGAAUAUGAAAAUGGUUUAAAGAAAUAUGAAGAACUAUACAAUAAUUUAAAACACAUUACAUCAGAAAGUUUAGAUAAAGCAAAUGAAACAUUAGAGAACAUUAAAAAGAAUCAUAACAUAGAAAUCACUAAGUUAAAUGCAAUAAUCAAGAAACAUGAGAUUUCAAUAUCAUCACUUCAAGAAUCUUUGUUGCAAAAGACUAGAGAUAAUGAGGAGUUAACAAGAAUAUGUGAAACUGAUCUUAUUUGGUGCUUCAAUGAACCCAAUGUGCUAGAUAAGUUUGUGACAACCAGUGACAGUGAUCACAAUGAAGGCUAUAGUAAAUGCAGCCUUGAGAUGAGCCCCGCAGGACGGGCAAUUUUCCAUGGUCAUCUAGAUGACAGGGUUCCCAAAGAUGGACGAAUUAAAAAGGCUGGAUAUUGUGCCAUGCGUUCCAAGAGAAUCAGGAAAUCCUUUAAACGUGAAUCUACAUAUGACUGGUUCCUAUAUAAUACCCUUGUAUUGAAAGUUAGAGGCGAUGGGAGAUCUUAUUUACUUAACAUAUCCUGUGAGGGAUACUAUGACAUAACUUGGAAUGAUAUUUAUCAUUAUGUACUUUACACUAGAGGUGGUCCCUAUUGGCAAGUUGCAAAGAUACCAUUUUCAAAAUUUGUGCUAGGAUCAAAAGGGCGUAUACAAGAUAAGCAAAACCGAAUGAGGUUAGACAAGGUGACACAUUUUGGUAUAUCAUGCGGAGACAAGAUAAAUGGUCCAUUUAAACUCGAAAUCGAAUACAUCGGUUUGGAGUUCGAUCCGACGCACGAUGAGAAAUUUGCUUAUGAAAUGUACAAAACGGAUAAAUAUAUCGUAGGAGUUUAA